GGUGAUACGGCUAAAGAUAUCAACAUUCGCCAAGGGUUAACAUUGAGAUUUUGUUUUCUUGGACAUUUUUCCGCCUCCACUGGCUCAAUUGUGUCGCGUGUGAAAAAUUAAAACUAUUCAUAUAGAUGAAAACUAUAUCUAGAGGUAAAUAAAAAUGUCUUCAUUAACAUAUGAUUGAAGCCAUAUCUAUACCAUACAUGUAGGUAUCUUGUUCUCUAAGUUAGGAUCUAUGGUUAUUAUUUCUCUUAAUGAUAAAUCUCUAAAUAGAAGUUAUACAGGGGCGUUGGUAAGGGGGGGGAAAUGUUAAUAGACACAGUUAAUUAAAUGUAGCGUAGAUUUAAAUCUUACCUUAAAGUUGUCUUGCAAAACAAAGCCACUAUGAAGGAUUCUAAUACUUUUGUGUCUAGUGUGGCCAUGCUGGAUAUAAAUUUGACAAGGCGGGUGAUACUGAGUGAUGAGCAGCGGACUAUCGUCGAGGUCGUCGUCUACGUUUUCCUCUGCGGCGGAGUUUCUGUGUUCGGAAUCGUCUCCAACAUUAUCAACAUCAUCAUCUUCUUCAGGCAGGGUCUCAAGACCACCAUGAACAUCAGCUUCUUCGGACUGGCCAUCUCGGAUCUAUGCUCGCUCCUGAACCUCCUCUGUUUCACCAUCUUCCUGAACCCGCUGGUGGAAAGGUCCAACCUGCCCAUCGUGUCCAGGGAGUUCCAGUACCUGGUCGCCGGCUGGCCCUACGUCUGCUUCACAAGAAUCACCAGCCUCAUCACGGCGUUCAUGACCGCAGAGAGGUGCCUCUGCAUCACGUGCCCGCUGAAGGUCAAGAACAUCAUCACCCCUAAGCGGGCGGCCGUGGUCAUCUGCUCGACCUACGUCAUCAUCUUUUUCUUCCUGCUGCCGGAAUACGCGACGUCGUACAUAGACUGGAAGUUUUACCCCCCUCGAAACAAAACCCUCCUGAGGCUUGUCUUCACCUCAAACAGGAAAAGCAUGGAAGGGUUGGUCUUCAUACUAAAUGCUUGCCUUGGCGCUCUCUCCUAUCUCCUGGUUGUUGUCUUUACUGCUGUGCUGAUCUACAAACUAAAGCGCAACUCAAAAUGGAGGAAGGAAAAUAACAAAGACUUCUCUGAUCAGACUUCCAGCAGAGACAACAAAGCGGUGACCAUGGUUCUCCUCAUCGCCGCAUUUUUGAUCGUCUGCUCUGCUCCCAGCAUUGUUCUCUCCCUUGUUUCCUUUUUCCUCCAAGAGUUCAGCGUGCUGGGUUUCCAUAGCAACAUUUUCUUCGCGGUAUGGUCCAUCGCCUUUUUCUUCGGUGCCAUUAAUUCCAGCGUGAAUAUUUUUCUCUACUAUAAAAUGAGCUCAAAGUUCAGGCGAAGCUUCAAGGCUUUAUUUUCUAAGGUAAGGAGACGCGCGGACAGUUCUGCCCAAAGGACGAAACAUCGAUGGACUUUUGUAGGCCCCAGAAAAAACACCUCCAAAAACUACGGGGCAGACAUAAGCAGCGACAAUCUGUCAAAACUGAUCAACAGUUAUCGCUGCGAUAGUUUCGUACUUACAGACUUUCCAACGAAUGGCAACGAAACAUCUGUCAAAGACGAUUUUCAGAAUUCUGUAUCAGCAGAGGAUAUUCGCCUAGGACUCCAAUUUUGAGGACAAAGUCCUUCAAGGCCUAAGACGAUUCUCAAAGCUCUGUAUCAGCAGAGGAUAUUCGCCUAGGACUGCAAUUUUGAGG